AUGGCACUUCAGGAACGAAGGUUAAUUUUCAAAUUAUUUCGAAUAUUAACAUUCGUAUCAACGUUAAGCUGUUUAAUAUUGGAGAUUGCUGGGGUGAUUUCAUACACGAUUUAUUACACUGCAUCAAAACUACAUUUAUACUUUACCGAUCAAGGAUUUUCGAUCCAUGGAAUAAAAAUAUAUUUUUUGCUUGUCACUUUGAUAGGAUUUUAUACGAGCGGGUAUUACGUGAUCACGUUUGAGACGAGGUGGAAAAAUGGUCUUCCUAAAACCGAUAUCUUAUUUGACUUCUUGUUGAUUGCAUUAUGGUCCACGUCGGCAUUGACAAACUUCAUCCCUGCUUACAAGGGUAACCUAUUGAUUUGCCUUGAUUCCCCGUCAGAAUUUCAUGCGAAACGUCGUGUAUUCCAUCAAGUAUAUUGUUACACCCAUUUAUUAAGCAUCUUUUUGGGAAUUUUAAAUAUACUGCUCUACCUUAUAACCGCAUUUUUAACGGUAGCUUUAUUUGCACAAAUUCGUACGCUUGAAUUAAAUUCGUUUAACAUAUCUAAUCAAAGGCUAAGCGUAGGAUCAAGUGGUAAAAGAGGAAGUUUUAAUGAUGUAAGCAUAAUUAAUAGCAACAGAAGAAGUGGAGAUUCUUUUUAUAAUCACGUAAAUAACGGACAUUCUUAUCAUAAUUGGCAAUAG